CUCUCUCUCUCUCUCAGACCUUAUUAGUCUUACAGUCAGGCUUCCUUUUCCGACGCCGUUUCAGUGCAAGCAGGACCAUAUCGAGGUACUGCAGUAAAGUAGGACUGCCUCAAUCAAUUGACCAACACUCUAGACCAGCGGAGAUGAACACUAGUUCUGCAGGACCCUCCUCGAAAUCAAAGGCUGGGUCGUCGCAGCCCUCAGAAACUUCAUUUAAGCGCAAACGUGGAAUCUUUCAGAAAGAGUUGCAGCACAUGAUGUAUGGUUUUGGAGAUGGUCCUAAUCCGCUUCCAGAAAGUGUUGCUCUUGUGGAGGACAUUGCUAUGGAGUAUAUCACAGAUUUGGUGCAUAAAGCCCAAGAUAUUGGAUCAAAGAGGGGAAAGCUAUCAGUUGAAGAUUUCCUGUAUCUGAUACGCAAGGAUUUGCCAAAACUUAACCGCUGUACAGAGUUGCUGUCUAUGAAUGAGGAGCUCAAACAAGCAAGAAAGGUUUUUGAGUCAGAUGAAGAGAAGUUGAGGAAGGUUUUUGAGGCAGAUGAAGAAAACUAGCGUAGAUAGAGUAAUAUGCCAGUGUUUUGAUCGGCUAAUAGGAUUUUCAAUUUUGGAUCACAAUGCUAGAUGGUUUUGAAAUCCCUACAACUUAUAUGUUCCUACACCAAUUUUCAUGUGAAUGAUCAUUGAGGUAAAAUAUAGUCGGACCAUCCAAAUAAAGAUUUUAUCAAUCUUAAUUCAUUCUAAUCUUU